GCUCUUUGGACUUGCUGUUCUGGAACAAAUGAAGCUUGGUCCAAGGUCUUCUCUGGAAACAGAAAUGUAAGCUUGAAUUCUUCCAUGGCAAAGAAAAAUAGUCCACCUUCAACGUGGUUUCAAUAUCUAAGGAGAUUAUACCAAGAUUGGUGGUGUAAUGGAUAGUGAAGAAGGUUACCUAAGAUUACAACAGGAUCUAGAUCUACAGCUGGGGAAGUGAGCCAAGGAAUGCAGAUGGAAUUUAACUCGGACAAGUGUGAAAUGUUGCACUUUGGCCGAGUAUGUCAGGUUUACAUCUAACAAAGAAGGGCAGGGAGGAGCAAAGGCUGGAUCUUCAUCGGGAUUUUACCGUGGCCUCUCCUGCUGAGUUUGUCACCCGGUUUGGAGGGAAUCGAAUUAUUGAAAAGGUUCUAAUUGCCAACAAUGGCAUUGCAGCUGUCAAAUGUAUGAGAUCCAUCCGUAGAUGGUCCUAUGAAAUGUUUCGGAAUGAGAAAGCAAUUCGGUUUGUAGUUAUGGUAACUCCCGAAGAUCUGAAGGCCAAUGCAGAAUACAUCAAAAUGGCAGAUCACUAUGUUCCCGUAACUGGAGGACCCAACAACAACAAUUAUGCGAAUGUGGAAUUGAUUGUAGACAUUGCCAAAAGAAUUCCAGUGCAGGCCGUGUGGGCUGGCUGGGGACAUGCUUCGGAGAACCCCAAACUUCCAGAGCUCCUUCAGAAAUACAACAUUGCAUUUUUAGGUCCUUCGAGCCAAGCUAUGUGGUCAUUAGGAGAUAAAGUAGCCUCUACCAUUGUAGCACAGACUGCAGGGAUACCAACAUUGCCUUGGAGUGGAAAUGGUCUGAUUCUGGAAUGGACAGAGGAAGAUCAGAGAUUGAAGAGGAUUGUCAGUGUUCCUAAGGAACUGUACAUGAGUGGGUGUGUGAGAGAUGCCACUGAAGGUUUAGAGGUUGCAGAAAAGAUUGGCUAUCCAGUAAUGAUUAAAGCAUCUGAAGGCGGUGGAGGAAAAGGGAUUCGCAAGGUUGAGAGUGCAGAUGACUUUCCCAACCUUUUCCGACAAGUUCAGACUGAGGUUCCUGGCUCUCCGAUUUUCAUCAUGCAAAUGGCCCAGCAUGCACGGCACCUGGAAGUACAAAUUCUAGCAGACCAAUAUGGUAAUGCAAUCUCGUUGUUUGGACGUGACUGUUCCAUUCAACGCAGGCACCAGAAAAUCAUUGAGGAAGCCCCUGCAACUAUUGCCCCUCAGUCGGUGAUUGAGUAUAUGGAACAGUAUGCAGUGCGAAUUGCCAAAAUGGUUGCAUAUGUCAGUGCAGGAACUGUAGAAUACCUCUACAGUCCAGAUGGCACUUUCUACUUCCUGGAACUCAAUCCUCGCCUACAAGUGGAGCAUCCCUGCACAGAGAUGAUAGCAGAUGUCAACUUGCCUGCUGCCCAGUUACAGGUCGCUAUGGGGAUUCCCUUGCACCGAAUUAAGGAUGUCCGAGUUCUGUAUGGAGAAUCUCCUUGGGCUGACUCACCAAUCAACUUUGAGGAGCCAGUAAAUACUCCAAGGCCCAGAGGUCAUGUUAUUGCUGCCAGGAUCACAAGUGAAAACCCUGAUGAGGGAUUUAAGCCUAGCUCAGGAACAGUCCAGGAGUUGAACUUCCGUAGCAAUAAAAAUGUCUGGGGAUACUUCAGUGUGGCAGCAGCCGGCGGGCUGCAUGAGUUUGCUGAUUCCCAGUUUGGCCACUGUUUCUCCUGGGGAGAAAACCGUGAGGAAGCUAUCUCGAAUAUGGUUUUAGCUCUUAAAGAACUCUCAAUCCGAGGGGACUUUAGAACUACAGUUGAGUAUUUGAUAAAGCUUCUGGAAACGGAGAGUUUUCAAUGUAACACCAUUGAUACUAGCUGGCUUGACCACCUCAUUGCAGACAAAAUUCAGGCAGAGAGGCCAGAUACAAUACUUGGAGUGAUAUGUGGUGCUUUACAUGUGGCAGAUUCAGCCUUUCAAACAAGCAUGACCAAUUUCCUGCACUCUCUGGAAAGAGGUCAGGUUCUCCCUGCCAGCAGCCUGCUAAAUACAGUGAAUGUGCAGCUCAUUUAUGAAGAAACUAAAUAUUCCUUACAGGUGGCCCGUCAGUCACAGACUCUCUAUGUUGUUAUUAUGAAUGACUCUCACAUUGAGAUUGAUGUUCACCGGUUAAGUGAUGGAGGCCUCUUACUGUCCUAUGAUGGCAACAGUUACACUACCUACAUGAAAGAGGAGAUAGACAAAUAUCGGAUCACUAUUGGUAACAAGACUUGUGUGUUUGAAAAGGAGAAGGAUCCGACUGUGCUGCGGUCUCCCUCUGCUGGCAAACUUCUGCAGUACCUUGUUGAAGAUGGAGGCCAUGUCUUUGCAGGGCACUGCUAUGCAGAGAUUGAGGUGAUGAAAAUGGUCAUGGCGCUGACUGUGGAGGAGUCAGGAUGUGUGCACUAUGUAAAGAGACCAGGUGCCUGUCUGGAGCAGGGCUGCACUGUAGCUAAAAUGGAAUUAGAUGAUCCUACGAAACUUCAUCCAGCCCAGUUAUACACAGGCAUCUUUGAACCACAGCAGUUGCUAACCAUUGUUGGUGAGAAACUACACCAGGUCUUCCAUAGUAUGCUGGAGAACCUGAUCAAUAUCAUGAAUGGUUACUGCUUGCCUGAGCCCUUCUUCAGCAAUAAGGUUCAAAAAUGGAUCACAAAGCUGAUGGCAACUCUCAGAGACCCUUCCCUGCCCCUUCUUGAGUUGCAAGAUAUUAUGACCAGUGUCUCAGGUAGAAUCCCUGUGAGUGUGGAGAAGGCCAUUCGGAAAGUGAUAGCUCAGUAUGCAAGUAACAUCACUUCUGUACUCUGUCAGUUCCCAAGUCAACAGAUUGCAGACAUCCUGGAUAGCCAUGCUGCCACCCUUCAGCGGAAAGCAGACAGGGAAGUCUUCUUUAUGAACACGCAGAGUGUUGUCCAGUUGGUGCAACGUUAUCGAAGUGGAAUCCGUGGCCACACGAAGUCAGUUGUCCUAGGCCUGUUGAGGAGGUAUCUGAAUGUUGAAACACAGUUCCAGCAAGCUCAUUAUGACAAAUGUGUGAUCAACCUGAGGGAACAGUUCAAACCCAACAUGACACCGGUGCUUGACUGCAUCUUCUCUCAUGCGCAGGUGGCCAAGAAAAACGUCCUGGUCAUCAUGUUAAUUGAUCAGCUUUGUGCACGAGAUCCCACGUUGACAGACGAGCUGAUGGUGAUUUUAAAUGAACUAACACAACUCAGCAGAAUGGAGAACUCCAAGGUAGCUCUGCGAUCCAGGCAGGUUCUGAUUGCAUCGCACUUGCCUUCCUAUGAGCUGCGACAUAAUCAGGUGGAGUCUCUGUUCCUGUCUGCUAUUGAUAUGUACGGGCAUCAGUUCUGCCCCGAUAAUCUAAAGAAAUUGAUCCUCUCAGAGACUUCCAUCUUCGAUGUCCUUCCCAGUUUUUUCUAUCAUGUCAACCAGGUGGUACGAAUGGCUGCGCUAGAGGUAUAUGUACGCAGAUCAUAUAUUGCCUACGAACUCAACAGCAUACAGCAUCAUCAGCUACACAAUGGCAUUCGUGUAGUGGACUUCCAGUUUCUGCUUCCUUCGUCUCAUCCAAACAGAGGAAGCAAUCCUACGAUAUUCAGGAUGUGUGUUCCACAUUACGAGCUGAAUCAGCAGAGCAAUGAUCCAUUCAUGACUAGCAUACAAACAUCUCUGUGUCAACGAAUGGGUGUUAUGGUUGCAUUUGAAACAUUUGAUGAUUUUGUUAAAAACUUUGAAGAAGUGAUUGCUUGCUUUGCUGACCCAUCUCUGGAUAGUCCACUAUUUUCUGAGACAAGAUCAACCUUCUUUGAUCAGGAAGACAAUAAGAAUUUGAAGGACGAACCGAUCCAUAUUCUGAAUAUCGCCCUCAGAGAUGGUGAUUGUGAAAAGGAUGAUGAACUGGUGCUGAUCUUCAGUAAAUUCUGCCAAACAAAGAAAGCCCUUUUCUUUGAGUAUGGAAUCAGGCGAAUCACCUUUCUAGUUGGACAGAAGCGAGAAUUCCCCAAGUACUUCACCUUCAGGGCAAAUACUGAGUUUGCAGAGGAUCGUAUUUAUCGACAUUUGGAUCCAGCCCUGGCUUUCCAGUUAGAACUCAACCGGAUGCAAAAUUUUGACCUCACUGCUCUUCCUUGUGGUAACCACAAGAUGCACCUGUACCUAGGUGCUGCCAAGGUGAAGAAGGGAGCAGAGGUCACUGACUACAGGUUUUUUGUCCGAGCUAUCAUCCGACAUCCUGACCUCAUUACUAAGGAAGCCUCUUUUGAAUAUCUACAAAAUGAGGGGGAGCGUCUGCUGCUUGAGGCCAUGGAUGAACUAGAAGUGGCUUUUAACAAACAGACUGUGCGCACUGACUGCAACCAUAUUUUCCUUAACUUUGUGCCUACUGUAAUUAUGGACCCAAUGAAGAUUGAGAAGUCUGUCCAUGACAUGGUGAUGAGAUAUGGGAGCAGAUUGUGGAAACUCAGGGUCAUGCAAGCUGAGCUCAAAAUAAACAUCCGUUUAACUCCCACCGGAAAGGCAAUCCCAAUCCGUUUGCUCCUCACUAAUGAAUCUGGAUAUUAUCUGGAUAUGAGCCUAUAUAAGGAGGUGACAAAUGCCAGAACUGGACAGAUUAUGUUCAUUUCAUAUGGAGAUAAACAGGGGCCUCUCCAUGGAAUGUUGAUGAGCACACCAUAUGUCACCAAAGAUCUGCUCCAGGCAAAGCGAUUCCAGGCACAGUCCUUGGGAACAACCUAUGCUUAUGAUUUUCCUGAAAUGUUUCAACAGGCUCUCUUUAAGAUGUGGGGAUCUGAUGUGGAACAUCCAAAAGAACCACUACAGUGCACAGAACUUGUGCUGGACUCUCAUGGUCAACUGGUACAUAUGAAUAGGAUUCCUGGAGGUAAUGAGGUAGGAAUGGUGGCAUGGAAAAUGAAUUUAAAAACUCCAGAGUAUCCUGAAGGGCGUGACAUUGUUGUCAUUUGUAAUGACAUCACUUUUAAGAUUGGCUCAUUUGGCCCAGAGGAGGAUUUGCUGUUCCUGCGGGCAUCACAACUAGCCAGAGCAGAAGGCAUUCCAAGAAUCUAUAUAGCAGCAAACAGUGGUGCCAGGAUUGGGCUCGCUGAAGAGAUAAGGCACAUGUUCCAGGUUGCUUGGGAGGAUCCAGAUGAUCCAUACAAGGGCUUCAAGUACCUGUAUUUGACACCUCAGGACUACACCAGAAUUAGCCCUAUUAAUUCAGUGCACUGUGAGCAUGUGGAGGAGGAUGGAGAGUAUAGAUAUGUCAUAACUGACAUUAUUGGCAAGGAGGAAGGCUUGGGGGUGGAGAACCUGCGUGGAGCUGGUGCAAUUGCUGGAGAAUCCUCCCUAGCUUACAAUGAUAUUGUCACAAUCAGUCUGGUGACGUGCCGUGCAAUUGGAAUUGGAGCAUACUUGGUGAGAUUAGGACAACGUGUCAUCCAAGUGGAGAAUUCACAUAUUAUUCUCACUGGAGCCAGUGCACUGAACAAGGUUCUUGGUCGUGAAGUGUACACAUCCAACAACCAGCUGGGUGGAGUACAUAUUAUGCACAACAAUGGAAUUUCACACACCACUGUACCCGAUGAUUUUGAAGGAGUUUAUACCAUCUUAGAGUGGCUCUCUUAUAUGCCUAAGAACAAUACAAGCCCAGUGCCUGUAAUCUCCCCAAAGGAUUGCCCUGAGAGGGAAAUUGACUUUGUACCAAGCAAAGCCCCAUAUGAUCCUCGUUGGAUGCUGGCUGGCAGACCUCAUCCAACUGUCAAAGGUGCUUGGCAGAGUGGUUUCUUUGACCAUGGAUCCUUCAGGGAAAUUAUGGAACCUUGGGCACAAACUGUAGUGGUGGGAAGAGCAAGGUUAGGAGGAAUCCCUGUGGGAGUUAUUGCUGUGGAGACUCGGACUGUGGAAAUGACGAACCCAGCAGAUCCAGCUGACCCAGAGUCAGAGUCAAAAAUUGUUCAACAAGCUGGACAGGUGUGGUUUCCAGACUCUGCUUUCAAAACAGCGCAAGUUAUUAAAGACUUCAAGCGAGAGCAGCUUCCUCUUAUAGUGUUCGCUAACUGGAGGGGCUUUUCUGGUGGAAUGAAAGAUAUGUAUGAUCAAGUUCUGAAGUUUGGUUCCAGUAUUGUCGAUAGUUUGAGGGAGUUCCAGCAGCCGGUGCUGGUUUACAUUCCCCCUCAUGCUGAACUCCGAGGUGGUUCAUGGGCAGUUAUCGAUCCAACUAUCAAUCCACUUUACAUUGAGCUGUAUGCUGACAAAGAAAGCAGAGGUGGUGUGCUGGAACCCGAAGGCACUGUCGAAAUCAAAUUCAAACGGAAGGAUUUGGUGAAAACAAUGAGGAGAAUUGACACCGUUUAUUCAGGCCUUGCUGACCAGUUGGGUUCUCCUGAACUUUCUGAGGAAGUCCGUAAAGACCUAGAAGCCAAGUUGAAAGCACGAGAGGAGUACUUACUUCCAAUUUACCACCAAGUGGCAACGCAGUUUGCUGACCUCCAUGACACUCCUGGUCGGAUGCAGGAGAAAGGAGUUAUUACAGAUGUCCUGGAGUGGAAGACCGUCCGUGGAUUUUUCUACUGGCGUCUGCGCCGACUGUUGCUGGAGGAGGUGGCAAAACAAACAAUCAUAAAAGCAAAUCAGGAACUGAGUGACUGCCACAUCAAAUCCAUGCUGCGGAGGUGGUUUGUGGAGACAGAAGGAACUGUGAAGGCUUACCUAUGGGACAAUAACCAACAUGUGGUGGCAUGGCUGGAGAAACACCUCAAUGAUGAGAACGAUACUCGCUCUGUAAUACGAGAGAACAUCAAGUAUCUGAAGCGGGAUUAUGCACUAAAGCACAUUCGCAGCUUGGUUCAAGCAAACCCAGAGGUCGCAAUGGAUUGUAUUAUCCAUAUGGCGCAACAAAUCACGCCAGCCCAACGCACACAGGUCAGUCAUCUCUUAACAACCAUGGAUGGCCCAGUUUCACCUUAAGUGAGGGAGACGCUCACAAUUGACCCCUGGAUAUUUAACGUCAGGAAGACUGAACAAGAUCCACAUCGUUUCAUUGCAUAUAAAGUAAGAAAGUGUAGGGAGGGAGAAAGCAUUCAGAAACAUUGACCUUGUGCAUUUUCCAAGCCAUUUGCUGAAGAUCCUUGAAUAAAUAGUGGUGGAAAUUAUUCCUUCCUGCCUUUAUCACCCAGUAUUUAAUCAAUUCUGCUUCUUGGCCCUAGGGCUAACGGUGCUCUGAAAAAAUAAUUUAACUUUGGUGAAAGAGUUUGACAUUUAGCGUACUUGGUUUUUUCUACUGUGUGAGUAUGCAUUUACUCAAACAAAUCCAGCUGUCAUCUUGAAGGCCUCAGCAUCAGGAAGCACCUUACUGAUACUAUUUGUACUAGCUGAAUUAUGUGCAUAAAAACAUUUUCUAAGACAUUAUUUUCUACAUCGAAUUCCACUCAGGAGCAUGCCAAUAUUGUUUUGAUUUUUGUUAUAUUGUCUUUGCCUGUAAGUGCAAUUCAGAGAAUGUGUAUUGCACAGAAGUAAAACAAAAAGGACCCUUGAAAGUCAGAUAAAUAUUGAUCGUGCUGAAUUUAAUAAUGUUUGAUCUUUACUGAUAAACUUUGAUCUUACACAAAAUUUGCUGCAAUGUAGCAAUGGAUGUCAUUAGUGAUCCACUUUCCUAAAGGCUGCAAAAGGCCUUCAUUCACAACUUCUUGCAUGAAACCAUCAUGUUGAAUCUGAUCUUUGUCGCUACAUAUCAUUUUUUUAACCCACUGGUUAAAGGCAACCUCUCCUGAAUAACUACAAAUUAAAUUAUUCUUACAUGUGACCCAGCCAUGCCACGAGCAAUAAUAAUUAAGCAAACAUAAAGUAACCCAGGGUUAUUUGUGACCAGACUUGCCACGAAAUGAUGCCUUCACUUAUUCAAUGCUGAGCAUCCAUUCAUCAUUGAGUUAGUGACCAAACUGAGACUAUUCCAUCUUUUUUUUGCCUAUUUAACAAGGGGAUUCUAUUUUGCCUGCCACACAGCAGAUCAAUUACAACCAUAAGUCCUAUGCUUCCUUUUGGUUCCAUCAUUAACGCUUAAUCAAUAAUAAUCAUGCUCAAGCACUUGAUGGAGACCCAGAGCACAUCAAUAAAGCUUUGCUGAGACUGAUUCUCAAACAAGAUAUCGGACAAAAAAAUCGGUAAUACUGUGACAAAGAUAUCAAUAGUGCCAUGUAGUUCAUCCUGAGGAUGUUAAUUAUUGUUUUUUUGUUAUAAUUCUGUUGUAAAAUAUAUACUCAUUUAUUUGGCUUAGGUUAGCCCUUAUUUUAUAAACAUGCCGGUGACUGCCUAAGAAAUUGUUCUUUGUGUUGACUUCUUUAGAGAUCUUGAUCUGGAAAAUUUUAAGCAUUAUAAAUCAAUAGCAUUGGCUAGAAGACUUCCCUUUAUAGAAACAGGUUGAAUUAAAAAGAAUGCAAGACGGGACAGCCUGAUACAAUAUCUCUAACAACCGUAACAACCGACAUUGAAUUUAGCCCAGAUACUUGAUGCUGAUUGUUAUAUCGCAGUGACAUGAGUCUGGGAAGUCUCAACCAAGAUUCUGAUAGGGAUGGGCAUGUGCUACCCCUAAAAUUGCAAUCUGGCCAAAUGAUAUUGCAAGGAAGGCGAGUAUAGAAAAGAGAGAUGUGUUAUUGACGGAAUAUCAGAACAAUCCUUAAAUUGGAACACAGUCAUUUGGCAAAUCAAGAAAAUCUCUUUAUCCAGUUGUAAUAUACAUGGUCUGGGAAUGUUUGAUACCAAAACCAGACGCCUGGGAUGGGGAAAGGAAGAAAACAGGGAAAUGUAUUAGGAACAUCCCUCAUUCUGACAAACUAAAAUUUGUCAUAUUAAAGCUAAAAUUCGAUUUAACUAUUUGUGCCAAUAUACAUGGAUAUAGAAUGGACAGAUAAUCUUCUGUGAAAAGUUAAAAAAUAUAUAUAUAUAUAUUUACAGCUUUUUAAAAAAUGCACUACACUUUAAGUUGCACCAUAACCUAUUGUAUGUAAGAAUAUUUAAUGCCGUUAAUGGUUAAAAUUGUGGAAGUCAAACAUGGAUUUGAUAUCUCAGACCUCUGGUACAGGUUUCAGUUUUGUUUUUUGAAAAAAAAUGGAUAGAUAUUUGUGUUACUAUAAUGUUUGCGUUGCUGCAAAAUAUGUUGAAAUAAAAAGUAUUCCUGGUUCAGAAGUAUAAAGGAUAUGAAGAAACUAUCAUCUAUCUGUGCACAUCUAUUUUGUAUAUUAAAGUUGACCAACUCCAUUCUUAUGAAUGAGGUACUCUAAUAAAAUAUCAUACA